UAUAGUAGGUGUUUCUAAAGGGGUAGAGUUCCUAGUUACACUUCGCCGACAGGCUCGCAAAUUCUAGCUUGAAUGGAAAGAUAUUAGCUGUAAAAGCCUCGAAUUAUGAUGGAAGCUAGAUGCAGACGUUUUGCGGCUUAAUGUUAGUCCGUAUCUGUUAAUUUAACGAGAGGAGACGCUCCCCGUUAUUUAGCUUAAGGGUGUUUCUGUUUGUUUUCUGUCAGAGCAGGAGCUAAGCAGCAGUUAGCCCGAAGCUACACCAGUGCAGCGAGUUAACGUUACCGUGGACGUUAGCCUGACGAUCCAUCUAUUCAUCUCUGCUCCAUUCACCACACAGCAAACAUGGUUGGGACUAUAUUUGACCUACCAGUGGAACUGCAGAUAUUCUACGCUGUAUUAGGAUUUUCAUGGACAGUUUAUCUUUGGGAGGCGUAUCUCUCUUACAGACAGCGGAGGAUAUACAGAUCAACCACACAUGUACCACAUGAGCUCGGAAAGAUCAUGGAUUCUGCAACUUUUGAAAAAUCACGUCUUUAUCAGCUGGAUAAAAGCAACUUCAGCUUUUGGUCUGGACUCUACUCAGAGAUUGAGGGAACGAUGAUCCUGCUCUUGGGAGGAAUCCCGUUUCUGUGGGCCUUCGCUGGUUCUGUGACAAAUCGUUUUGGAUUUGGCUCAGAGUAUGAGAUCACCCAGUCCCUCGUGUUUCUGACGCUUGCCACCCUGUUCAGUGCCUUGACUGGUCUUCCCUGGAGUUUGUACAAUACGUUUGUCAUCGAGGAGAAGCAUGGAUUUAAUCAGCAGACUUUGGGAUUCUUCCUUAGAGAUGCUGUGAAGAAGUUUGUUGUGACCCAGUGCAUCCUGCUGCCUGUGACCUCAUUGCUCCUGUACAUCAUCAAGAUUGGUGGAGACUACUUUUUCAUCUAUGCCUGGCUCUUUACUCUGGCUGUGUCUCUGAUACUCGUCACCAUCUAUGCUGAUUACAUCGCUCCGCUGUUUGACAAGUUCACUGUGUUGCCCGAGGGAAAUCUGAAGACUGACAUUGAGGCGAUGGCCAAGAGCAUAAACUUCCCGCUCACUAAGAUCUAUGUUGUUGAAGGUUCCAAGCGCUCGUCACACAGCAAUGCAUACUUUUACGGGUUCUUCAAGAACAAGCGCAUAGUGCUGUUUGACACGUUGCUGGAAGACUUCUCACCUUUAAAUAAGAACAUAGAGCCGCAGCCUGACCAGCCAGAGAGUGAGGAUACAAACGGUGAACCUAAAGCCAGACCCAAGAUCAAGAAACAAGGCUGCAACAAUUCAGAGAUCCUGGCUGUCCUCGGUCAUGAACUUGGUCACUGGAAACUUGGCCACACCAUUAAAAACAUCAUCAUCAGUCAGAUGAAUUCCUUCCUCUGCUUCUUUCUUUUUGCUGCUUUGAUUGGACGCAAGGAGUUGUUUGAAGCUUUCGGCUUCAAUGCCAGCCAACCCACAUUAAUAGGCUUGAUGAUUAUCUUUCAGUUCAUCUUCUCUCCGUACAACGAGCUCCUGUCCUUCUGUCUAACAGUUUUGAGUCGCAGGUUCGAGUUCCAGGCAGAUGAAUUUGCAUUACGUAUGGGCAAAGCCUCCGAGCUCUACUCAGCUCUCAUCAAGCUCAAUAAGGACAACCUGGGCUUCCCUGUGGCCGAUUGGUUGUUCUCCAUGUGGCACUAUUCCCACCCUCCCCUCCUGGAGCGCCUUAGAGCGCUCGGCAACGAAAAGCAGGACUGACGGGGCUGGAAGGGGGAGUGGCGUUCUCUACGUCCUCCUCCCAAGGGCCUCUGAAAACCGCUCCUGGCCCUGUAAUGCACCCCUGUCUCUCUUUUGUUUUUUUUAACCCACCGUCACCGCCCCUUAUUGUUUUAUCUGGAUUUUAGUUUGUUUUCUUGAUUUGCCGUCUUUCUAUUUUGUUCCCUUUCUAGUUUGUAUUAAACAAAACCAAAACAUAUCAGCACAAGGCAGCCGGGCGAUAUCAAAAUCUUUUAGUGACGACCGCUCCUUUUCUAGACACACUUAACAGGUUGGAGGGACACAUUUGGUCAUUGUGUGUUUUAGGAAACCAUCAUCAAAGCACAGAUUUCAUUGUGGAUAGUUUUUGAAAUGAUAGCUGUGGAGAUCUGAAAAGGAAAAGAAGAACAGAUUACAAAUCCUUGACUUCACUUUCACAGUUCAGUGAUAGUAUAAGGCAGUCAUUGAAGUAAAUAUUUUAUCUUGCAGUGUAAUGUCAUACACACCGAUAAAUAUUAAACACGUGACUUAUUAGAAAAUUUGUAACGAUACAUUUGGCCCAUUCACAGACUGAUAAUUCCAUUUGGUUUUUUUUAAGUUAUUUUUUAAUUUUUUGUAUUUUUUUAUUUAAUUUUAAUCCAUUCCCCCUGGGCGAGCUAAAGAGAGUACAUGUUCAGUCAUUAAAUUCCCGGCUUUGCCAGAGGACCGUCGUAAAUGCUUUAUUACACUUGAAAAGAAAGUGAGUGCCUCUAAUGAUUGCUGUUUGUUCAGAUGAUUGAAAUAUAAUGAACUGAGCAGUGCAGAAAAUUUAAUUUGACAUUAAGUUAGACUUCGUGGAUUAGGGGUGUUGUUUUACUUUUUUUGUUUUUUACAGCACUUGCUCGCCCGACAAGGGCGCAACAUACCUGUAUAUAUGUAACUUUGAUGAGUAGACUAUUGACCUAUGGAGUUAAUUGUUUAAAAAUGUGGAUUGAAACUUUAAGUUGCUAUGAUGUUUUUUAGUUUCUUCUCUUGAAUAUUGGGCUGGAGAGAGUGCAGGGCUGCCUGGAAAACAAAGUUUCCUUGGGCGACAUUGGGGAGGGGGAGUGCAGACCUUCUAUCACAACGAGUGAUUGGUUUAAAGAGGGAAUUGUGUACUUUGUUUGCAGCAUUGAAUAAAUUCCUUCAAAGCA